AUGAGUGAGUUCAUGAAGUUGACUGCCACUGAUAUGAAGUCUAUUCUUCAGAAGCUCACAGUUAUCACGGUGUUUUUAGAGACUAUUCAGGAUGAGCAAAAUCCUGAUGAGUUCUCUAUUAAAGAUACUAUUUCCGAACAAGAACCAUGUAUACACCUCGUUGGAGCUGUUUUCACUGCUCAUAAAGAAAAUGAGGAUAUAGUGUUGGAUCAGCAAUUGCUCAAUACUGUACGUAUUGCUCAGAAGUUCUCUCCCGAGGUUAAUGAUCUGCGACGUAAAGCUGCUACUUCCUCGGAUGUGUUGGUUGGUUACGUGGUUCGUGAUGAUCUGCUCUACCGUGUUGGUAGCGUAGCUCUCAGCGAUUCUGAUAGAGGUAGCUGUGUUACUUCUCAGAUUGUUGUGCCUGAGAAUCGAGUGGAUGUGCAAUUCGAGGUUGUGAAAUAUUUCCAUGACCUACAUGGUGGCCAUCCAGGAAGAGCUGCGCUUACACGUUGGAUAUGGCGUCACUUCUACUGGAAGAGAUUAGAUCAACGAGUCCGAUCCUUCAAUAGAGACUGUCUGGGAUGCCAAGCUCGGCAACAAGCAGCUAAUAGGAAACGUGUAAUGUCGUCUAGACCGCCAGCUUGUCCAGUGCGUUUUGGUCCGUUUGCUAUUGCUUACUUUGACAGCAGUGGACCUUAUCAGUUCGUUUAUGAGGAGAACGGUCAGAAAAGGACGGGCAAGUUCUACUUAUUUUCGCUGGUUUGCCAAUCUACUCGCUAUAUUCGUGUCCUUCCUACUGUGGAUAAAUCUGCAGCCGCUGCCUCACAAGCCCUAUAUCAACUACUGGCUGAGGAAGGACGACGUCCUUCGGACGUGUGA